AUGAAGUACAAUGAUAUAUGUGUGGGUAACACUUUCAAAAGCAAGGGGGAGCUGAAACUUAUACUUGGAAUAGACAAAGUAGAAAGAAAUUUUGAGUACAAAGCUUUUAAAUCCGACAGCCAGAGGUUUAUUGCCAAAUGCAAAGACAAGACAUGCGAGUGGCGUCUGCGAGCAGUUCCCUUAGAUUCUUGUGGGUGGUGGAAACUCACAGUUGCAAACGAUGUGCAUACUUGUGAAAGCAACAAAAGGACUGACCCUGAAUUAACAACCAAAGCGGCCGCUACUGGAAUUGCAGAGCUUUUCAAGCACAAAUUCAAAGAACUAGAUGCGGCAUUUACGCCCAAACAACUGGUUAAGGACAUAAAAAGGGAUUAUGGAGUGGUUAUCAAUUACCGGCAGGGAUACAGCGCUUGCAAGCGUGGUAUUGAGCUGAUCAAAGGUAUCCCUGAUGAAUCGUACCAACACCUCGUUGGUUAUAGUCACAUGCUUGGUGCUCGUAACAAGGGUACUGUUACCGAGAUUGUAACUGAUUCGGAUGAUUCUUUUCUAUAUUAUUUCUUUGCUUUUGGAGUAUGUAUUGAAGGAUUCAAAAACUGUUUCAGACCCGCAUUUGCGGUUGAUGGUACACAUCUUACAGGGCCACGCCAAGGAGUUAUACUGUCAGCCGUUGGAAUGGAUCCCGACGAGUCGAUCUAUCCUAUUGCUUUUGAUGUUGUUGAUUCAGAGAAUAAUGAAUCUUGGGAAUGGUUUAUGAGAAAGUUAGUCGGAGUACUUGGCGAUAAGUAUGCUAUGAAUGAACAUGUUGUUGUGGCAACAGACAGGCACCCAUCGAUCGGUAGAGCCAUAAGGUUGGCAUUUCCUUGUGCUAAUAAAGUCAAUCCUGUAAUGUUUGACCUUGCAGAAAAUAUCAAACAGACCUACCACAACGCUACGGCUUCGGUGGCAUUUACAAGAGCUGCAAAAGCGUUUAGCAAUGAUGAGUAUGAACUUGCUAUGAGAGACCUAGGUUUAGUGAGCCCCGCUGCUUUAAAAUCUGUAGUGGAUCUUGGACCGGAAAUGUGGGCCAGAGUGAAGGCUAGAACAGGUCGUUUUACUCUCAUGACUACAAACGCCUGUGAAACUUUCAAUUCAAGAAUAACUGAUGUUAAAGGUCUUCCAAUCUGUCAUUUAUUCGAUUACAUUCGCAGGUUCCUUAUGGAAUGGUUCUGCGAACGUAGACAACUAGCUCGUGAUCGGCAAGAUCCUUUGAGUCAACAUGCACGGGAUAUAAUCAAAGAACGGUGGGCUGUGGCAAAAAGGUUUGUGGCUUUCCAUGUCGAUGGGGACGAAUAUGAAGUGGACGAGGGUGACUAUGAAGAGAAGCACACCGUCUAUCUUGACCGAAGGUCUUUCACGUGCAAAGUGUUUGACUAUCAGCAUCUUCCGUGUCCCCACGUACUUGCAGUAUGUGAGACAUAUAAGAUAAAGGAAGAAGGCCUUUGUGGGGAAUAUUAUAAAACAUCGGUUUGGAGAUCUAUGUAUGAACCUAAAAUCUAUGGUGUGCUGAGCCCAGAAACUUGGGAUGUCCCAGCGGAGGUGGCAGAAGGGUGGUGCUUCCUCCAAAAACUACACCGGAAGUUGGUCGUCGGAGCAUCAAGAGGAAAAGGGCUGCCAUUGAAAAACCUAGAAAGAAAAGAGCUUGUUCAAGGUGUCACCAGACAGGGCAUUAUACUAACAACAAACGUUGUCCCAAGUCUUAGAACUGGAGUGAUUUUGGUUGCUGACAUUGCUUACCUUGUUAUGUUUGUUUGA